AAAGAAAUGUAAAAAUCCCCGUCAAAAGACAUUCUCUCUCUCCUUUCGUUCGUUGACGCGAAGCCUAAUCUCUCUCUCUCUCGUGUCUCCAAAAUCUGAAUUCUGCAAGCGAUGGACUUGAGAAUUUAGUCGCUCUCGACGUUUGUUUGUUAACUUUGAUUGGGUUCGGCCAUGGCGGAGUCCUCCAAACAAGAGCUGGUCCAGCUUAUGAAGCGCUUUGGGGCUUAUCUCACCGUCAAGAUUUCCAAACUCCUCCCUAUCUCGCUCCAGAACCUGAAUUCACGAUCUGUUGGGGCCAUUGCGGGGCUUGCUAUUGCAAUAGUCUUCACUUGGAGGCUUUUGAGAUCACCUAAUCAACCUCGAAGAAGGCAACCCAAACGGCAAGCCGGUACACCUAGCAGUUCUGGUGUUAAUACGCUUUCGAAUGCAAAUCCACUACUUCCUGGAAUUUCUUCAUCCUUGGAGAAUUCGAGAGCGCAAAAUGUUGUUGAUGAGUUCUUUCAGUCGGUAAAGCCAACUUUGGGGCAAAUUGUAAGGCAGAAACUGAGUGAGGGAAGAAAGGUAACCUGUCGUUUAGUCGGAGUGAUCCUCGAGGAAAGUAGUCCAGAGGAGAUCCAGAAACAAGCUACUGUAAGGUCCUCUGUGCUGGAAGUACUGUUGGAAAUCACGAAAUUUUGUGAUCUUUAUCUUAUGGAAACAGUUUUGGAUGAUGAAAGUGAAAAAAAGGUUCUUCUGGCUUUAGAAGAUGCUGGGGUUUUCACAUCUGGUGGUCUGGUCAAAGACAAGGUUCUUUUCUGUAGUACAGAGAUUGGUCGGUCAUCUUUUGUACGGCAAUUGGAACCAGAUUGGCAUAUUGACUCAAAUCCUGAAAUCAUUUCACAGUUAGCUAGAUUCAUCAAAUAUCAACUUCACAUAUCUCCUACCAAACCCGAACGGACUGCCCCGAAUGUAUUCAGCGCCCCAUCCUUGGAACAGUUCUUUGGAUGUGUCUAAUUCUGAAAACCAGUAAAAAGGUGCAAAUAUAAUUUGAACUUUUGUUAGGUUGUCUUUCUCCCUUCUAAAUUUUCCCCGUACCUCAAGUUUCUGCUCGAUACAGCAGAAUGUUCUUUGGGUACUCAUACGGUUGGUAUUCAGACGAAAACUUUGUAGUCCUCCAAUGUUCUUUAAAAUUUGUGUAAUAGAUUUGGUCCACAUUCAAACUUGGACAUCGGAAAUUUAAUCAAAUGGAUGCUGUUUGUAUCGUAUUCCAAAAA